AUGACCCCUCGUCUCCAAAGGCAAAGCGAAAUAAGGGGAAAGCCGUCGAUCGCGGGUUCCUUCUUUGCACAAACGCAAACAAAUUUAUUCAAGAACACGUCUUUCGAAGCAAGUGAUAAUGAUUUUCAAGGAACACCAUUAUUUAGAAAGAUUGUUGUAAUAAAUAAGAACAUCCGUACUACUUUGAAAGCUGUUAAAGAAGACGCAUCUUCUCCUGGUCCUUCAAAUAUUGUUACCCGUGGCAAGGCACCUAUGCCUACAGUCAACAAUGAUACCAGUGCUCAAGCUGCAUUACCUGCUCCUAUUCCUUUCACUAGCUGUACUUCUGCUCCCAUCAUGACCUCUAAGAAAUAUCAAGACAAGGUUGAUAAGACUGAAGCACUUAAAAAGGAAAAAGAAAAGAACAAGACGACAAGUAAUGAACGAAAACAAUUGUGUCCUAUGAAUAAGUCAAAAGCGAAGCUUCCAAAGACUAAAGAUAUUGCCGAGAAACCUUUUGUAAUCAAGACAUCUUUGGCUAAUGCCUGCAGAUAUCCCAAGUUCGUUAACUUGAUUCAAGAAGUAGUUGACCACAUUACUCAAUUGGUAUAUGCACCUACAAAACGUAUUACUGAAGAAAUAAGACGAAAAUGCAAACAAUCCAACGAGGGGACCGAAUUUAUUUCGGUUGACGAGUAUUUAGCAAGUCAGAUCUGUAACAAGUGCAAAUUCAAACAAUUAAACAAUAUCUCAACUACCGGAUCAAAGCGAAGAGUACACUCUGUCCUCAAGUCUGAAUCUUGUGGUACUGUUUGGAAUCGCGAUGUGAACAGUGCAUUAAAUAUAUAUAGUAUCUUUGUUUACAAAUCAAAACAUGACAAUGAAAGUCAUCCUCUUUCAAAAGAUCUCCAAAAGACUAACGGUGCUCCCUGGAUUUAA